UCUGUCAAAAAGUUGUUCCGUGCUGUGCCGUCGUGCCUGCGUUGCACAUCUGCGUUCGCGAUCCUACUUUCGGUCAUUUACUGUUUAUAUAUUUUGCUUAGUUAGUAUUAAUUCAACUUCCAAUUAAAUCCGAAAAUGUCCAAAAAGAAGGGAAAUAAGAAGAAUCAAGAUUUUGACGAUGAUUUCGAAGAGAAGCCCAAAGUAGCCGCACCUGCUAAAGCUAAAGGUGGAAAGAAGGGAAAGCGUGGUAAAGGCGACGAUUGGAGUGAUGAUGACGAGAAGAAAAUCACACUGCCGCCAGCUGAUUCGGACGACGAAAAACCUGCCAAACCGGCUGGCAAGAAAGGACAGAAAAAAGUCAAGGGGGGACGUGGCGGCGAUCAGGACCACAGUUCGGACGAGACACAAAGCGUCGCGGAUUCGGUGACGUCGAAAAAAUCACAACCGGCUUCCAAAAAGAAAGGCAAGAAGGGCAAAAAGAAUGACGACUGGAGCGAUGAUGAUGACGAGAAAGUACUGAAAGCUGCUGUAAGUGACGAAGAGGAGGAAAGCACCCCGCAAAUCGCUAAGAAAGGUGCGGCGAAGCAGAAGAAUAAGAAGAAAGGCAAAGCAGCGAAGGAUGAUUUGUCUGACGAGGAAGACCAGGAUUUGGAUAAAUUAGGUGUCGAAUCGGGAGAAGAUGAAGUGGAAGCGAUUGUUGCCGCACCGGCUAAGAAGCAGAAGAACAAGAAAAAGGAUAAAAAGAGGAAUUGGUCAGAUGAGGAGGAUGCUGUCGUAGAAGAACCGGAACUUGAUGAUCAUCCUGUUGCUGAGGAGGAAGCCAAAUCAGAUGACAACACUGUAGAAGCAGAGCCUGAACCUGAAUGCAAAGAAGAGAAGGAAACACCCAAGGAAUCAAAGCCAAGCGAACAACAACAAAAAGAAAUUGAACAAAAAUUGAAUGAACUCAAUCUAAAGGCUACAGAAAGUGAACAACAGCUGGAAAACGAAAAUCAAGAAGAUGAAGAAGUGAGCGAAGCGAAAUCUCCUGAAAAAAGAAUGACCAACAAAGAAAAGAAGAAGCUGAAAAAACAGCAAGAGUAUGAGAAGCAGAUGGAAGCGCUGACAAAGAAAGGCGGUCAAGGACAUUCCGAUUUGGAUAGCAAUUUCACUAUGUCCCAGGUGCAGAAAUCUGCUGGUCAGAAAGCUGCAAUGGAACAUGCUGUGGAUAUCAAAAUCGAGAAUUUCACAAUAUCUGCCAAGGGUAAUGAUCUUUUUGUGAAUGCUAAUUUAUUAAUUGCCAAUGGAAGACGAUAUGGUCUUGUCGGGCCUAAUGGACAUGGAAAAACAACUCUGCUCCGUCAUAUUGCAUCUCGAGCUUUUGCCAUUCCUCCUAACAUUGAUGUACUUCUGUGCGAACAAGAAGUAGUGGCUGACGAUCAAACUGCUGUUGACACGAUUUUGAAUGCUGAUGUUAAGCGAAAAGCUUUGUUAGAUGAGUGCAAAGAGUUGGAGGCGAAAACAGAGAAGGGUGAUUUGGAGGUUCAAGAUAGGCUCAACGACGUUUAUGCGGAAUUAAAGGCAAUAGGGGCGGAUUCGGCUGAACCACGCGCUCGUAGAAUUUUAGCUGGUUUGGGAUUCUCAACAGAGAUGCAAAAUCGUGCUACUAAAAACUUUUCUGGUGGCUGGAGAAUGCGUGUUUCCUUAGCCCGAGCACUUUAUUUAGAACCAACUUUACUGAUGCUCGAUGAACCUACGAAUCACUUGGAUUUGAACGCAGUCAUUUGGCUUGAUAAUUACCUCCAAGGCUGGAAAAAGACACUUCUUAUUGUUUCUCACGACCAAAGUUUCUUAGACAACGUUUGCAAUGAAAUCAUUCACUUAGAUAACAAGAAAUUGUAUUAUUAUAAAGGAAAUUAUUCAAUGUUCAAGAAAAUGUACGUGCAGAAACGGAAAGAAAUGAUCAAGGAGUAUGAGAAACAAGAGAAACGAAUUAAGGAGUUGAAGGCACAUGGACAGUCAAAGAAAGCUGCGGAAAAGAAACAAAAGGAGGCACUCACUAGAAAACAAGAGAAGAACAAAGGAAAAGUUCAAAAGAAUGAAGAGGAAGAUGGACCCCAAGAACUACUUUCACGGCCUAAGGAAUAUAUCGUCAAGUUCCGCUUCCCUGAACCAUCACAACUUCAACCGCCAAUUUUGGGUCUUCACAAUGUUACGUUCAAUUUCCCCGGCCAAAAGCCGCUAUUUAUUGAUUGCGAGUUUGGUAUUGAUUUGAGUAGUCGAGUCGCUAUCGUAGGCCCCAAUGGUGUGGGCAAGUCAACGUUCUUGAAAUUGUUGCUUAGCGAAUUGGAACCAAUAAAAGGUGAAGUAAGGAAAAAUCAUCGAUUGCGAAUUGGACGUUUUGAUCAGCAUUCCGGUGAACAUUUGACUGCGGAAGAAACUGCGGCUGAAUAUCUGCAACGCUUGUUCGAUUUACAACAUGAGAAAGCACGAAAGGCUUUGGGAUCGUUCGGUUUAGUUAGUCACGCGCAUACAAUUAAAAUGAAGGAUCUGUCUGGUGGUCAAAAAGCAAGAGUAGCAUUGGCUGAAUUGUGUCUAAGUGGUCCCGAUGUGUUGAUUUUGGAUGAACCGACCAAUAAUUUGGAUAUUGAAUCAAUCGAUGCCUUGGGUGAAGCGAUUAAUGAAUACGAAGGUGGUGUGGUCAUUGUAUCUCACGAUGAACGGUUGAUUCGUGAAACUGGAUGUACACUUUACGUGAUUGAGGACCAAACUAUCAACGAGAUCGACGGUGAUUUCGAUGACUACCGCAAGGAAGUGUUGGAUAGUUUAGGUGAAGUUGUAAAUAAUCCAAGUGUGGUGGCCAACGCCGCAGUCUUACAAUGAUCUGGUCAAACAAUAUUAUAGCUACAUUGGAAGGUUUUAAUAAAAGAAUUGUAACGAUAUUGAAA